AUGGCGACAUCUGAUCUGGAUCAACUGGUCAUGAUGGGCUUCGACAAGGAACGCAGUGAGAUGGCAUUGAAGAAUACAGGUAGUUUGGCAGACGCGAUCGACUGGCUCGAUGCGAACUCGUCAAAGUCAUUAGAAGAACUGAAGGCCGAGAAAGACGCAGCGGCGGCGGCAAAGGCGGCGGAGGAGGCGGAGGAGGCGCGCAGUCUGGUGUGCAACGAGUGUGGGAAGAAGUUUAGAGGGACCACUCAGGCCGAGUUCCACGCAUCAAAGUCCGGCCACACCGACUUCUCGGAAUCAACUGAAGAAAUCGCGCCCUUGACCGAAGAAGAGAAAAAAGCCAAGCUUGCAGAGUUGAGAGAGAAACUGGCAGCCAAGCGAGCAGUCCAGUCAGAACAAGACAAGGUCGACAAGAAGCGCAAUGAACAAAUCAACCGGAAGAAGACCAAGGAAACAGAAGAUCUUAAGGAGCAACUCAAGGCCAAAGAGCAGAUUAAGGAGGCCGAGAAGAAGAGACGAGAAAAGCAAGAGGAAAUUGAAGCAAAGAAGAGGAUUCAAGCCAAGAUCGCCGCCGACAAAGAGGAACGCAGAUUGCGAGCGGAGCGGGAAAAGGCUCAGCGCGCUGGGAUGGCACCUCCAGUCGCAGCCGCCCCCCCUCCGACAGCAGCUCCAGCAGUUCCCAAGCCAGCGUCGGAGUACAAGGAGACACGGUUGAGGUUGCAGACCUCGACAGGAAAUAUCAUGAAAACCUUCCCAGUCGAAACAACUUUGUUCGAGGUUGCAGCGGCUGUGGGAGAGGAAACCGGUCGCGACGUCGAAAGCUUCACGCAGAACUUCCCCAGAAAGGUCUUCGACCAGGAAUACUUUGGGGAGAGUCUGAAGGAUCUAAAGCUCGUGCCCAGUGCCAGCUUGAUUGUGAAGUAG